AUGCUUUGGCUUACUGUUUCACAAAAUCUGUCUUUCAAUGCUCUGAGAAAUGACCUUGUAAAUCAACUAAGUGUUAAAGCAAAUGAAAGAUUGGAGAGUAGAGAGGAAGAUCAUGUGAAAAGUUGGUUGAAUGAAAUCAUGAAUAGACACAAGUUUGCCCUGUUUUUAGACGAUGUUUGGGAAACAAGUGCAAGCUGCUUGUUGGAGGAGCUUUGUGUGCCUCAGUCUCCACACCACAACUCCAACAUCAUCAUUGCCACUUCCAGAAGUAAGAGUGUACUCUCACAAUUGGGUGUUCCACCUCCAUCAGUCAUCCAAAUGGAAGACUUGACUGAGGAUGAGAGCUGGAGAUUGUUUUCUUCUCAUGCUUUUCCACACAGCGGUGGAGUUUUACCCAUGAACAUUGACCAAGAUAUAGCGAGGCUUGUCUGCAACAAGUGCGGGGGCCUUCCAAAAGCCCUCAAAGAAAUCGGGAAGCAAAUGGCGGGCAUCACUCGAUCAAAUGAAUGGGAACUUGUUCUUCUGAAGUUGGAGAUCUUUACCAUUAUUGUUUAG